AUGUGGCUCACUGUGCACUGGUUAGUCACCCGCCUCCCUGACCGCCUUGCCACUGCCCGCGACGCGCUUCUUCAGAAGCACCCCACUGAACUCACUAUAUACCUCCUUCAGACUGCUCUCGGGACCAUCGAGAGCAGCCUCCUCACCGUUGCCUCCGCCACUGAUGCGGUGGCCCCCCGUCUCUUUGCGGGGUGUGCCGCCCCUCAGCUUCCCACUUUCACCACUACCCGCGCUUCUGUUGCUGUGUCGGUCUCUGAGGACACCGCUGCCAUUUCUGCCGCAGACUGGCAGAAACGGGGCAAGAGUGGCAAGAAGGGCGGGAAGGGGGGAGGUGGGGGCGGAGGAGGUGGCGGUGGAGGGGGCGGUGGAGGUGGGAGCGGCGGUGGUGGUGGAGGCGGCGGCGGCGGCGGCGGUGGUGCACCAGGGGGAGGGGGCCUUGGAGGAGGCGCAGGACAGACAGGUCCACCCACAGGUGGUGGCCCGACCGGUGGGGGUGCUGCCCCCCAGCAGCAGCAGCCACAGCAGCACCAGCCACAGCAGGGACAGCAGCAGCAGCAGGGACAGCAGCACCAGCAGGCGCCGCAGCAGUUCCAGCACCCCUGUCUCUGUGGUCGCGGCGACCACUCUGCCGCGCGGUGCUUCCGCCGCCUCGACGACCUCUACCGGGCUCGUUGGGGACCUCUGGCGGUCACUCCUCGCUGGUCUCGUCUGUUAACCCGUGACCCUCCGGCUGAGGCCUCUCUGUCGUUCACCCUGGACUCGGGCGCGUCUCAGUGCUUCUUCCGCGACCACACGACCCUUACGCCACUCCUCACUCCUGUGUCAGUGGCUCUGGCUGAUCCUACCUCUGGACCAGCCGUUGCGCGUAGCUCCACCACCCUCCCGUGCCAUGUGGUCCCCUCUGGUGUCCUACGCGGCCUCCACAUCCCCUCGUUCACUCGGAACUUGGUGGGUGUUGGAUACCUCCAGGACAGGGGGAUCACGGUUACCUUCGUGGGGGGUGGGCGGACUGCAGUCUGUACAGACGCUACCACAGGUGCUGUUCUGGCCACGUUCACCAGGGAGCCCCGCUCCGGUCUCUACGUUCUCCACACCGAGCGCUCCCCGGUCGCGUCCUCCCCUCAGGUCGUUGCGUCCCCUCCGGCCCAGGUCCCCAGUCCAGUUGAUGUGUCUAGCCAGGUAGUCGUGUCCGGUCCUGGCGCUGUGUCCAGUCCAGUCGCUGCGUCUUGCUCCUGUCGCUCUCUCACCCACCGCACCGUCCUGUGGCACCACCGCCUUGGCCACCCGUCGAUCCCUCGCCUUCGUGGCAUGCUCGGUCAGGGACUUGUCACAGGUCUCCCACGCACCUUCCCGUCGCUCCCUCCCUCGCUUGCCCCUCCUUGCUCUCCGUGCGUCGCCGGUCGCUUACGCGCCACUCCCCACUCCUCCUCCCUUCGUCCGGCCACCGCUCCCUUCGAGACUCUCCACUUGGACGUCUGGGGCCCUGCCCCGACGCAGGGGUGUGGGAGGGAGCGUUACUUUCUGGUGGUCGUCGACGACUUCUCCAGGUACACCACCGUGUUCCCUCUUGCGAAGAAGUCCGAGGUGACUGCUACGCUGAUCAGGUGGCUUCUAGCCACUGAGGGCACUCGUGGUCGUCGAGUCAGUUGUCUCCAAUCCGACCGUGGGGGCGAGUUUCGCUCCGGCAUGCUCGGCGGAUUCUGCGGCGAACAGGGCAUCACCCAGUCCUGGACGCUGCCAGAGUCCCCACAGCAGAAUGGGGUUGCUGAGCGCCGCAUAGGCUUGGUCAUGGACAUCGCCCGCACGUCCAUGAUCCAUGCCCGUGCGCCCCAUUUUCUGUGGCCCCACGCGGUUCGCUACGCCGCACACCAGCUGAACCUCCAGCCGCGUGUCUCGCGGCCCGAGGCUUCACUGACCAGUCUUUGGACUGGUUCCCCUGGUGUCGGGUCGGCCUUUCGAGUCUGGGGCUGCCUUGCGCUUGUUCGCGACACCUCCGCGGACAAGCUCUCGGCACGCGCCGUCCCCUGUGUCUUCCUUGGUUUCCCAGUGGACUCUGCCGACUGGUCCUUUUACCACCCGCCCCUCCACCAGUUCCUAGACUCCCGUGACGUCCGGUUUGACGAGUCUGUGUCCUACUACACCCGGUACCCCUGUCGAGGUCUCCCGGUACCCCCUCCCCCCCUUUUCCUAGCACCCUCUCCUCCUCCUGCUCCUGCUCCUCCGGUACCCCCGCCCCCCCCUGGUCCUGCCCCGUCUGGUGUGUCCCACGCUACCCCUCUACCCUCGGUCAUGCGUCAGGUAGUGUCUCCCUCCCCGCAGUCCUCCUCACAGUCCCCUCAGCAGCCUUCGGCACUUCCGCGACAGGUUACUGUGGACUCGGUUGGUGUUGGAGCUGGAGGUGCGGCCGCUGGCGGUGCUCGGUCUUGGGGUGCUCGGUCGCGGGGUGCUGGAGCUGGAGGUGCUGGCGCAGGUGGCGCUAGCUCUGGGGGCGCUGGAGCUGGAGGUGCUGGCACUGGAGGUGCUAGUUCUGGGGGUGCUGGAGUUGGAGGUGCUGGCACUGGCGGUGCUGGUUCUGGGGGUGCUGGAGUUGGAGGUGCUGGCACUGGCGGUGCUAGUUCUGGGGGUGCUGAGUCUGAGGAGACUGACGCUGGAGACCCUGGUUCUGCGGAGUCCACUCCGCCUCCCCACCGCCACGACACGCGUCUCCAGGCUGCCCGUCGGCGUGAGCGUGAGGAGUAG